UACUCCCUCUGGCCAAGAAAAUAACAAAAAAGAGGUCUCCUUCCUCCUUUUUCUUCUCAUCUGCAGAGGGAGAGAGAGUAGGAGACUCCACCAGCAAAGCAAAGGCGAAGGGAGCACAAGAGACACAAUUCCCAGGAAACCGCCGCCUAAAGCUUCUCCCCCCUUUGUCUGUCUUCGCUGCUGCUUCCAAAUUUCUAAUCUUUCUUUCUUUCUUCUGUUUAGCAAACCAAAUUAGUUGUGCGGGAGAAGAUCCAAAAGAUACAGGAGAGGAGAAGAGAGAGAGAGAGAGAGGGGAAUAAAUCCUUUUUGGCGAGAUUCGUGUGGGAGAGACGAGUUAGGUGUCAGGACCACUCAUAAAUUCCGCCUCUUCUUUCAGAUCUGCUCCGUGCUUCCUCUUCCUCUCCGCAUCGCUUUUGCCAACCCAACCAACCGUGCUUCUCUCCGGCGAGUGCAGGGCACCGUUCCUGCUCUUCCUUCCACUUGGAGAAAAUCUUUCUUCUCAUUUCCUUUUCGGAAGUUUAAUUUCUUCUACGAGUUUGUUCGUGUUGAGUUUCCUGUGUGAGAGAGACUGUUCCUGAAUCCCACCCUCUUCGAAGCAGAAAUCGACCUUUUGUUUUCUUGCUCAUCAUCUUUGCCGAUUUGUUCUUGAGACUUGAGAGAGAGAGAGAGAGAGAGAGAGAGAGAGAGAGACCCUCCUUUUUUCGCCACAAGUUAUCCUCUCCGAUGGGCAACGCGUUCGCGUGCAUGCCGCGCAAGGAGCACCGGGGCGCGGCCGCGGUGUCGCGCAGCAAGCGCAUGGGGAGCGCGCGCCCGCCGCGCGGCGGGGCGGCCAAGCUCACGCCGGCGGAGGAGGAGCUCCUGCACCGCCAGGCGCUCGCCAUGGCCAUCCACCAGCACCUCGACGCCGGAGGCUCCAUGUCGCGCCGCAUCGACGCCGGCGGCGGCUCCAUGUCCCGCCGAAUCGGCCCCGGCUCCACCAGCUCCCGGCGACACGGCAACCUCCCGGACUCCGUCACCAAUGCCAAGGCUGUCCAAAUUGUUUUAGAGAACUUAGAAACCAAGAAAGUCGUUCUUGUCCAUGGGGAGGGAUUUGGCGCUUGGUGUUGGUACAAGACCAUCUCCCUGUUGGAGGAAGCUGGUCUCGAUCCUGUUGCCUUAGACCUCACAGGCUCUGGCAUAGACCACACUGAUACAAACAGCAUAGCUACGUUGGAAGAGUACUCCAAGCCACUAAUUGAUUACCUCAGUAAACUCCCUGAGAACGAGAAGGUUGUUUUGGUCGGUCAUAGUUGUGGAGGUGCAAGCGUGUCAUAUGCCGUAGAACACUGCCCAAAGAAGAUCUCCAAGGCCGUAUUCCUUACCGCCACAAUGGUAAAGGAUAGCCAGAGGCCCUUCGACGUGUUCUCUGAAGAGCUCGCGUCGGCAGAUGUUUUCUUGCAAGAAUCACAGUAUUUACUUUACGGAAAUGGGAAGGACAAGCCUCCAACUGGGCUCAGGUUUGACAAACAGCAGAUCAAGGGGUUAUAUUUCAACCAAAGUCCUUCCAAGGAUAUCGCACUAGCCACCGUGUCCAUGAGGCCCAUCCCUUUAGCCCCGAUCAUGGAGAAGCUCUCCCUGACGGCGGAGAACUAUGGCACGGUCCGCCGCUACUUCAUCCAGACGCUGGACGACCGGAUGCUGUCGCCCGACGUCCAGGAGAAGCUGGUCCGGGAGAGCCCGCCCGACGGCAUCUUCAAGAUAAAGGGCGGCGACCACUGCCCCUUCUUCUCAAAGCCGCAGUCCCUCCACAAGAUCCUGCUCGAGAUCGUGCAGAUCCAAGCUCCGGGGGCGCUGUUCCCAGGCAAAGCAGAGACCCUAGAAGAAGAGGAGGAGAGCGCCGAGAAAUCAUGACUGUCCGAAUGUCAUGCGUGUACAUGAAACGAGUAGCACAUAGGUUGCGGUUUGCAAAAGGAGAAUACAGGGAGGGGGAGAGAUUAUGGAAUGUUCACUCGGUCAGCCAGAGAUAAAAAAUAAUGUACUGUAGUUAGCUGAAGAAGUGGGACAUCUUUUUCUUUUGUGAUGAUGAGUAUAGCGAGCGUAUGGGCCUGUGAGAGAUGUUUUACAAAUGUGAAUUAAAUCUUGAGCCGUCAUCAGAAAUUCGAAACA